AGACGAAUCAUAAACUGAUAAGAGUGAGAGAAAAAGAGACAGAGAGUGUUUGUAUGUUCGUUUGUUUGUUUGUUCGUCUGAUUUAAUGGCGUCUUUGAUGAAGUCGUUCGUGGACGUGAGCCCAGGCUCCCAGUUCCCUAUUCAGAAUCUGCCAUAUGGGGUGUUUCGGCCGAGCGCUGGCGCUUCCCCUCGGCCUGGAGUGGCAAUUGGUGAUUCUGUUGUAGAUCUCUCGGUUCUCUCCGAAGCCGGUCUUUUCAAGGGCCCUUUGCUUUCCUCCUCCAGCUGCUUCUCCCAGACUUCACUGAAUGCGUUCAUGGCGCUUGGAAGACCAGCGUGGAAGGAGGCACGCAAAACUUUACAGAAAUUGUUGUCUGAUGGGGAGCCAACACUUAGGGAUGACCAUGUUUUACGAUCGAAGGCGAUCCUACCCAUGAAUCAAGUUACUAUGGUGAUGCCAGCAGUCAUUGGCGAUUACACUGAUUUUUUCUCCUCCAAGGAGCACGCCGUCAAUUGCGGCACCAUCUUUCGAGGAGGCAAAGAGGAUGCACUCCCUCCUAACUGGGUACAUGUUCCCAUUGGUUAUCACGGCCGAGCAUCCUCAGUGGUGAUAUCAGGCACAGAUAUUAGAAGACCCAGAGGCCAAACCUCUCCACCACCAGGGGAAAAUGCUCCAGAAUUCAAACCCUCAGCUCUUCUCGACUUCGAGCUGGAAAUGGCUGCUUUUGUUGGACCAGGAAACGAGCUGGGAAAACCUGUAAGCGUGGAUGAAGCUGCCGACCACAUUUUUGGUUUUGUAAUAAUGAACGACUGGAGUGCACGAGAUAUACAGAAAUGGGAGUAUGUGCCACUAGGACCCUUCCUUGGAAAGAGCUUUGGAACAACAAUCUCGCCGUGGAUUGUGACAAUGGAGGCUCUCGAUCCAUUCAUUUGUGAUGCACCCGAGCAGGAUCCGCCUGCACUCCAGUAUUUGACAGAGAAGAACCGCUUCACUUACGACAUUCCAAUGCAGGUGGCAAUUAGACCCAAGGGUGAAUCAAAAGCUUCUGUAAUUUCCAACACCAACUUCAAAUACUUGUACUGGACGGUAUGCCAACAAUUGGCUCACCACACUGUCAACGGCUGCAACCUGAAUACUGGAGACUUAUUGGCAUCAGGGACCAUUAGCGGACCGAGUUUUGGAAGCCUGGGCUCUUUGCUGGAGAUGUCAGUGGCAGGUUCUAGGGAAGUCAAAUUAGAACAUGGUGGCGUUCGGAGAUUCUUAAAAGAUGGGGACGAAGUAGUCAUGUCAGCAGUUUGUGAGGGCGACGGUUUCAAUGUGGGCUUCGGAGAGUGCAGAGGGAAAGUUAUACCAGCGUUUAACUCGUGAAAUCCUUUCCGAGACGAAAAUGCUGGCAAGAUGGUGAAGACAUGGGCUCACGUGUCUUGUGUCUUUAAAAACCGCAUGAGUUUCGCUUGCUAUGUAAGAAACAAUCUAUUAGCAUUCCUGCUUCACAUUGUGGUGGCCCUGAUGAUCCAUUUUGAGCAACGUCGGCAGCUUGAAAAACCCUUUCACUGGGCCAAAAACUCUUACUUGUAGGAACUCCUCAUUGCGAAGCUUUGUAUAGAGAGAAAACCAAUUAGGUGUUGAGCCCAUCAUAAAUUUGCCAUCAAUCAGAUUCAAGCCCCUCAAUUUCUAUUUCUUGAUGAGAUGCAAGGUUCCUGGUUUUUAAGUACAAGUCACUCAUGGAUUUGCAUCAACACAACUCGUUGGAUAAAUUGAACUAAAUAAGUACCCACAAGCUGCUUCAAAA